AUGCAGGUCUUCAGUGUUCUCGCCGUCUCCGCUUUCUUCACCAUGGCCACCGCCGCUGCCAUCCCUGCUCCCGAGGCUGCUCCCGUCCCGGCCCCCGUUGCGGAACCCUGGCUUGGAAGCCUUCUCUUCAAGGAGGCGAAGAAAGCCGUCAAAGAUACCCACAGAGAUAUCGAUGAUAGCAACGACGAUAGCGACAGCGACAGCGACAGUGAAGACGACAACUAG